UCUCUAUGUGACAAGUCUCUAUGUGACAAGUAUCUGUGUGACAAGUCUGUGUGUGACAAGUCUCUAUGUGACAAGUCUAUAUGUGACAAGUCUCUAUGUGACAAGUCUCUAUGUGACAAGUCUGUGUGUGACAAGUCUCCGUGUGACAAGUCUCCGUGUGACAAGUCUCCGUGUGACAAGUCUCUACGUGACAAGUCUCUAUGUGACAAGUCUCCGUGUGACAAGUCUCCGUGUGACACGUCUAUAUGUGACAAGUCUAUAUGUGACAAGUCUCUACGUGACAAGUGUCUGUGUGAUAAGUCUCUAUUUGACAAGUCUCUAUGUGACAAGUGUCUAUGUGACAAGUGUCUAUGUGACAAGUCUCUAUGUGACAAGUGUCUAUGUGACAAGUCUCUAUGUGACAAGUCUCUAUGUGACAAGUCUCCGUGUGACAAGUUUCCGUGUGACAUGUCUCCGUGUGACAAGUCUCCAUGUGACAAGUCUCUAUGUGACAAGUCUCUAUGUGACAAGUCUCUAUGUGACAAGUCUCUAUGUGACAAGUAUCUAUGUGACAAGUGUCUAUGUGACAAUACUCUAUGUGACAAGUCAAUGUGA